CUGCUUGGUGAACUCAUUCUGUUACAACAACAAAUCCAGCAGCACGAAGAGGAAGCACGCAGAGCCGCUGGCCAAUAUAACAUGGGGUCUUCCCAGCAGAAGCGAAAGGUUUCUGACAAAGAGAAGAUUGAUCAGCUUCAGGAAGAACUUUUACGCACUCAGCUCAAAUACCAAAGAAUGCUUGAGAGAUUAGAGAAGGAGAACAAAGAAUUAAGAAAAUUGGUACUGCAAAGAGAUGACAAGGGGAUUCAUCAGAGGAAGUUAAAGAAGUCCUUGAUUGAUAUGUAUUCUGAAGUACUCGACAUCCUGUCUGAUUAUGAUGCCAGUUAUAAUACUCAAGAUCACCUACCUCGAGUGGUGGUGGUUGGAGAUCAAAGUGCAGGAAAAACCAGUGUGUUAGAAAUGAUUGCCCAAGCCCGCAUAUUCCCUCGAGGGUCUGGGGAGAUGAUGACACGUUCCCCUGUUAAGGUAACUCUCAGUGAAGGUCCCCACCAUGUGGCUUUAUUCAAAGACAGCUCUCGGGAGUUUGAUCUGACCAAGGAAGAGGAUCUUGCAGCUUUGAGAAAUGAAAUAGAAAUCAGAAUGAGGAGUAGUGUGAAGGAAGGGUGCACUGUUAGCACUGAGACCAUAUCCUUAAGUGUGAAAGGUCCUGGUUUGCAGAGAAUGGUACUGGUUGAUUUGCCUGGAGUCAUUAGUACUGUGACAUCAGGUAUGGCUCCAGAUACAAAAGAAACUAUCUUUAGCAUCAGCAAGGCCUACAUGCAGAAUCCUAAUGCCAUCAUCCUUUGCAUUCAAGAUGGAUCAGUAGAUGCAGAACGCAGUAUUGUCACUGACUUAGUCAGUCAAAUGGAUCCCCAAGGAAAAAGGACAAUUUUUGUGUUGACUAAAGUUGAUCUUGCUGAGAAAAAUGUGGCUAGCCCAAGCAGGAUCCAGCAAAUAAUUGAAGGCAAACUCUUCCCAAUGAAAGCUUUGGGUUAUUUUGCAGUUGUUACUGGAAAAGGAAACAGCAGUGAAAGCAUUGAAUCUAUUAAAGAAUAUGAAGAGGAAUUUUUUCAAAAUUCAAAGCUGUUGAAGACAUGUAUGCUGAAAGCACACCAAGUAACAACAAAGAACUUAAGUCUUGCUGUGUCAGAUUGCUUUUGGAAAAUGGUGAGAGAGUCUGUGGAGCAGCAAGCAGAUGCUUUUAAAGCCACACGUUUCAAUCUUGAGACUGAAUGGAAGAACAAUUACCCCCGAUUGAGAGAGCUUGACAGGAAUGAACUGUUUGAAAAAGCAAAGAAUGAAAUUCUUGAUGAAGUCAUAAGCUUGACUCAGGUCACACCAAAGCACUGGGAGGAGAUUCUUCAGAAAUCUUUAUGGGAAAGGGUAUCUACUCAUGUGAUUGAGAAUAUCUACCUUCCAGCAGCACAGACUAUGAACUCAGGGACGUUUAACACCACUGUGGACAUCAAGCUGAAGCAGUGGACUGACAAGCAACUGCCUAAUAAAGCAGUAGAGGUGGCAUGGGAGACUUUGCAAGAAGAAUUUUCCCGUUUCAUGACAGAACAAAAAGGAAAAGAGCAUGAUGAUAUCUUUGAUAAACUGAAACAAGCUGUCAAAGAAGAAAGUAUUAAACGACAUAAAUGGAAUGAGAGAGCGGAGGAUAGCCUGCGAGUGAUCCAGCACAAUGCCUUAGAAGAUCGGUCAAUAUCUGAUAAACAGCAGUGGGAUGCAGCUAUUCAUUUUAUGGAAGAGACACUCCAAAGUCGUCUCAAAGACACUGAAUCUGUUAUUGAAGAUAUGGUGGGUCCAGACUGGAAAAAAAGGUGGUUAUACUGGAUAGGCCGCACCAAGGAACAGAAUAUUCGUAACGAAACAAAAAAUGAACUUGAGAAAUUAAUCAAAUGCAAUGAAGAACAUGCAGCUUAUCUGGCAAAUGAUGAAGUGACGACUGUCAGAAAGAAUCUUGAAGCAAGAGGAAUAACAGUGGACCCAUGUCUGAUUAAAGACACAUGGCACCAAAUUUAUAGAAGAUAUUUCCUGAAGACUGCUUUGAACCACUGCAAUCUAUGUCGAAGAGGCUUCUAUUACUAUCAGAGGCAUUUUGUGGACUCAGAGCUCGAAUGUAACGAUAUUGUCCUCUUCUGGCGAAUACAGCGGAUGCUGGCAAUCACAGCAAAUACGCUGAGGCAGCAGCUCACUAACACCGAAGUAAGGCGCUUGGAGAAGAAUGUAAAGGAAGUGCUUGAAGAUUUUGCUGAGGACAAUGAAAAAAAGGUGAAGCUCCUAACUGGCAAGAGGGUCCAGCUUGCGGAGGAUCUCAAAAAAGUUCGGGAAAUCCAGGAAAAACUUGAAGCCUUCAUAGAAGCCCUCCAUCAAGAAAAGUAGAUUGUUCAAGCAGCAAAUUUACACAAGAAUGCAGACUUUUCCAGGAUACCUUGCACAAAGAAGACUGAAUAGAAAUGGCUUUUGUGUCUCAUUCUCUUUCCUGUCUUUUGAGGAGCAUCCUGAAAUGUUGGAGGAGAAAGAAAAUAAUGUCUCAUGAGAUUGAGAAGUUCAGUUAAAAUCCACCUGCUCUUUUAAUUUUCGAAGC